AUGAAUGGCAGCAUCAACGGGAAGGGCCCCAUCACGGGGGAUGGCCUCAUCACGGGGAAUGGCCUCGUCAACGGGAGCGAUGCCAAUCGCCUGCCGUACAGCUACUCAAGUGACCAUGGAACGAUGGUGGAGGCACGUUCCAGCCACCACGUAAAUGGAAAUAUAGACGCAUGCCACAACGAAAGUGAAGGAGGAGCUGAAGUGACUGAACAUAUCAUCGGCUCUGUUAACAGUAUGAAUGAGAGCAUGCAAUCACAAGCAAAAUAUGACAAGUUUUGCGGAGUACAAGAAGGAGGAUACCCUGGAUCCCCUUUUGAUGGGUGCGAUAAACCCAUGCCAGCAAAUGUGGAUGCGGGGUUCAUCAAUUUAAAGAAAAAUCCAGGAGAGAUACACGUUCGAAAUGGCAACACUGAAGAGGCAGAUGGGUUAAGUCAAAAUUAUCACCACUCCCAGAGUAACGGAACGAGUGCACCUAGCCGCAGCGGACAAAUAGCAAAUGGGUGCAGUGAAAAUAAAAAAAUUUCCGAUAGAACGGAUAGUAUUGUUCAGGUGAAGAAGAAAAAAAAUGUUACCUUUACGAGCGAGAACGAUGUGUUUAGCAUCCCCCCGGGGGUGAACAAGGACGACUCGUUUGGCUAUUACGCGAGUGGCGUCAUGCAGAGCGGGGUUAGCAGCGUUGGCGGGGUUAGCGGGGUUAGCGGCGUUAGCGGGGUUAGCGGCGUUAGCGGGGUUAGCGGCAUGCCAAACGGUGGCUGCGUCGCGGGGGAAGAGGAGGAGCACAGCCCCGGCGAAAGUGCAAAAAUGAAGAAGACACACGGGAGUGGGAGUACCUACGACACCACCAAAGAGAAGGACGCAACCAAUGACGCGUACAAUUUCAUCACACUAAAGAAAAACAGUCAUACGUACCAUCCCAACAGCGUUAAUAAUAAUUACAUAGAAUACGACAUGAACAAUAACGGACCCUUCUUCUCGAGUGUGUCAUCAGGAUUGAAAAGUGGUUCAACGACGAGCAACACCUUCGAUGCGAGUGACACGGGUGGUGUUGGGGGAAACGUAACCCAUCCUACUGAGGGGACGGACAUUUCUUCGCCUAGUUGUCAGACCAUGCAACAUGGGGCGUACAACACCUGCAGCACCGGUCCGCACGAGUGGGUGUAUAAGCAGGGCAGUCAAGGUGAAGAUCAGCUCCGUACUAUUCCAAACGUAGUUAGCGGCAGCGUGGUCAAUGGAGGCCUUCCUGGAGAAGCCCCCAUUAGUGACAACGUAGCGAGUGAGCAGGAGGUCAAACCAGAAGGGGACAGGGCGACCUAUUUCACCGCAGAAGUACCAAACACGAACGAUACAACAGUCAACGCUAUGUACGAUAGUAGCAGUUACAACUCCAAUACAGGAAAGUGGAAGGAUCUUCCCCUCAGUGGUGGAUCGAUGAAUAAAGGUGCAAAUCGAAUGUCAGGGAAAGGAGGUGCUAUAAAUAAGAACGAUAAAAGUGUCACUCAAAACGGAAAGGGAAAACAAACGAUGGAACAACAUAAAGGAAGUGCUCGCCCGAAGAGUGUAAGCUUUAGUAAAAAAUUGAUUUUCUGCAAGAAUAAAGAAAAGACCAAAUUGACUAAUUACCCUUCGAAUGUGGUGAGUCGACCUGGAGGGAUGAACCAACAACACAGAUUUUCCGAGAACCAACAGCACAGAUUUUCCGAGAACCAACAGCACAGAUUUUCCGAGAACCAACAGCACAGAUUUUCCGAGAACCACCCGCAUACGCAGAGUGCGAACAUGCUUCCGAUGGAUGCUCCACGCAAGCAUGGAGUUCACACGGGUGGCAUGAGCGGUAUGGGCGGUGUGGGCGGCAUGUACGGCAUGAGUAGCGUGAGUGGCGUGAGCGGUGUGGGCGGCAUGUACGGAGUGAGUGGUGGCGCGCAAAGCGGAAACGAAGCGGUCGACGUGAAAAAAGUGUUCGUGAUGAGGUACCUCAGUGACGUGGAAAAGAUGUAUCAAAUAAGGGAGAGAAUCAAGCAUUACGAAAAUAAAGUGAGUAAGAACAGGGCGAACCUCAGAGAGGGUAGAGGAGGAGCAGCAGCAGCAGCAGCGGCAGCGGCGGCGGCAGGAAGAAGAAGCGGCAGCUCCAACAGCCUGAUAAACUAUUACAACAUAUUGGAGCUUCUCUACAAGUCCAGCGUAAAAAAAAAAAACAUAAAUGACAAACGGAUCAGGACUUUGUUAUAUGUAUUCAAGUAUGUUAAAAAUAUCGAACGGAGGAGAAAAAAAAAAAAAAUUUACCUCUUCGACGGAGCGACUUUGCGUCGUCUGAACAAGCAGGUCGACCUGUAUAUCGACUUUGUGCAGAGGAGGGAGUACAGAAGUGACUUAGCAGCACAGUUGCGCAGAUGGAAAGGGAGUCCGGUAGAGAAGCCCGACGAAAAGGAGCCCAUACACCAAGGGCGAAGUGAUGUAAGGCCGGGUGAUGAAGAACCUAGUGACAAAAAAGUAAAUGCUAAAAGACGGAUAGAUGGAAGAACCCGUGCUCAAAGUGGGGUCCACAUUCAGUCGAAGUUUAUUCAAAAUCUGCUGAGUAAGAAGUCCAACCUGUAUUGCACCUCCCCCGGGAAAGUGGACCAGGUGCAGUGUGAGAGCUUUUACUUCCACCAUGCGUUGAAGCAGGUGAACUAUCUAUGCAAUUUGCUCGUGUACAUGCAUUUCAUCCUUUUGAAGUAUGUCUCCAUUUUUUCCCUCUCCGAGUGGAACGCGCUGCUGUUUCGCGACAUCGAUUUGUUUAACUGCGUCCCGUGGGGACGCUCCACCGGGGAAGCGGCGGAAGUGAAGGACGAAGUGGCAGAAGCCGCAGGUGCCAUGAGCGAAGUAAAGGACGAAGUGGCAGAAGCCGCCGAUGCGAUGAGCGAAGUAAAGGACGAAGUGGCAGAAGCCGCAGAUUCGAUGAGCGGAGUGAAGGACGAAGUGGCAAAAGCCGCCGAUGCGAUGAGCGGAGUGAAGGACGAAGUGGCAGAAGCCGCCGAUGCGAUGAGUGAAUUGAAGGACGAAGUGGUAGACGCCGCAGAUUCGAUGAGCGAAGUGAAGGACGAAGUGAGAGAGGCCGCCGAUGCGAUGAAGGACGCCCCUCCGCUGGACGCACCGGGGGAAGGGGAACCUCAGGACGGCGCGGGGGUCACGGAAAAUGAAAAGGGCACAAGUAUGAAUGGACCGCAAAAUGACGCGGUUACUGAGCAGCCGGGGGAGCCCUUCCUGGACGCAGAAACGGUGGAAAAGCUAAACCCGCUACUCAUCAACAGGGAAAAUACGAUCGAUAUAAAUUACUACGAGUAUGUGAUCGAGCCCUUCGAUUUCUACUUUUAUGAAAAUGUGUACAAUGAGAUAUGUACCUACGUGCAGAUGGCCAGGAGCAACGGGGUGAUCAUCGGCGGGGUCAGCGAUGGUGUCAGCGGUGAUGUCAGCCGUGGGGCUGCCUCCAACUCGACGGAGCAGCUGCUGAAGACCCUGCCCUACCAGUACUACGAAUUCGUGGAGAUCCUAAACAAAGAAAUCAUGAACGUCAGGGAUCUAAUCUACCGAAACAGGUACAUUCGAUACGUCUUCUAUUACAUCUAUCGAAACAAAAACGAGGACCUCCUCAACUCAGUGAAUCGUAUUUUCAACAUGGAAAAGAAAAAACUUCAGUUGUACAAGCUACAGAUGAGGUUAAGGUACAACAUAUUUUUGUCUCGUUUUUUUGAGCGUGGCUAUGUGAUUGUGAAGUACCCUGAUGAGGAGAAAAGAGACGAGGAGUUUGAGUCAUGUGGGUUGAACUUUAUCGAGGCAAAGGAGAAGCUGUUUUCGUGUCUGUUUGCACAGUAUAGGGACUACUACCGUGUGUACCAGGCGAGGGUGCAGAGGCUACGGGAGGGUACACGGAGGGCCUUGGGCAUCCCCGACGAGCGGUUCCCGUACGUCCGGAAGAAAAUCACCUUUUACUCGGAUCACUUCGAGGAUUUGAAGCGGCGCUUUGCUCGCCGCGGGGGGGGAGCGCCGCACGGGAAGGCGGCGGAAGGGAGAGCGGUGGACGGGAAGGCGGCGGAAGGGAGAGCGGUGGACGGGAAGGCGGCAGAUGGGAAAGCGGCAGAUGGGGUGGAAGCGACAGAUGGGGUGGAAGCGGCAGAUGGGAUGGAAGCGGCAGAUGGAGCUACUGCAGAUGGAGCGGAAGCGGAAAAUGGAGCUGCUGCAGAUGGGGAUGCGGACGAGUCGAGCUGGACCCAGGCCCACGAGCGGCAGAAACUCACCUUCGACAUGGCGUACGACUACGUGGAAUACAUAUUUAAUAAAAACUACGCACUUAUCAUAAACAGCGAGAAAAACAACUCCAGGAAGCUGAAAGCUGCCUACAUCGUGAACCGAAAUUUGAAGGAGAGAGAAAACCUGGUUAUUGUUACAUCCGUUUUGAAUGUAAUAAAGUGGAAGAGUCUGUUCAGAACCCUCGAGAAUGUAACCGUGUAUCUAAAUGAGGAGAGUAUUCUUGAAAAUAAAAUACAAACCGAGGACAAUAAUUUAAUUAUUUGUGUUGACUUUUUACCGAAAAUUCUGCAUGUCCCUUGUGAUGUGAUAAUCCUUGAUACAUCUCACUUUAACUUAAUUAACAAAAUAAGUAUUUUAAAUGACUUACGUUAUUUGGAUUUUUCCAAGAGGAUAAUUAUAUUAAAUAAUGUAUUGGUUGAAAAUUGGAAUUUAUUAUCGUCUCUUUUUUUUCUUAACAGUACCCAUUUCGACAGCUCCAUCGUUUCGAGGAUCCAGAUGAGUCAAAGUGAGGAGGACAAGAAGGUGUUGGGGGACCUGAUGCGGAGCUUCGUUGCGCACUUUUGCGUCAUCAACAAGGAGAGGGGUCAUGGGAGCGGUGAAGUGGUUAGCGGUGAAGUGGUUAGCGGUGAUCCACGCGGCGAAGUGGUUAGCGGUGAAGUGGUUAGCGGUGAAGUGGUUAGCGGUGAAGUGGUUAGCGGCGAAGGGGCCGCCCAAGCAGCGGCAAGCCCCGGGAACAGACGGUGCUUCCUCAUAACCUACAUGAGCGGCAUACAAAAAUUCAUAUAUGACAACGUGAGCGACCAGGACAAGUGGGACGCCUCUGUGCAUCCCCUGCUGCUCCUCGACGAAAAUAAUUUCUUCCUCAAAGACUUUAACAUCUCGGAAAAGUUUGAUCUCCUGAAAAAUAUCAUCAAAAAAUUUCACAUGUUGAAGAAACGGAUCCUUCUCUGCUACUCAGGGAAGGACAAAUUAGAGAAACUAAUCAAGAUCUUACUUUAUGUGCACUUGCUGAACGACGCUUCCACUGUGACCUCCUUCGACGUAGAAACGGACAAGGAUUCCUUAAACGUACAACAGUACGACGUGGCAGUGGUGGUGAACAACCACAUAGAAUACUUAACCUUCUUUGAGAAUCACCCGAUCGCUUGCUACCUUCUCAUUUCUGCCUUCACUAAAGAGGAGGAAGGGAUACUGAACACUUUUAAACAUAAGAAGGAGAUCCAUUUUUAUAAGAAGAAGAAGGAAGAACUUAUGCAAUCGCGUAAAUCGUGCAGAGAUGGCAUAUACAGAUACUACAUCAACAAUAUGAUUUCGGAGAAUGACGAGCAGUUUUUGCUUUUCAACAUUAUCGACCAGAAGGAGAAGGUCUACUGCAAUACUUCCUAUGACGAGGUGGUGCUCCCCACUUGCUUCGUCUCGACGCUGGCUCACUGUGAGGCGGCCGUUGGUUACUCGGAGCACUGGCAGGACAUAAAGAACGCUCACAGCUUCUGGAAUUUUAACAACUUCAACCGAGACAAGGUCAUUUUCUACCUGGACCGGAAGAACACCGUGUACGACAAGUACCAGAACGUGGUAUGCCCCAUAUCCGAGGAGUACAUAGCCCCCCCCCAGAUUUACUACUACCUGACAAACCCGAUGAACGAGAAGAACACCUUCAAUAACUGCCUCUCCCUGGCGGUGGACGAAAUUAUACAGGAGCUGAACCGGAAGAAGGAACUGGACGAGUUCGACGAAAUGAAGAAGCUCACACUUCUGAACAUUAAGGAGAAGACGAGCAAAAAAUAUUUUUCGUCCAUUCGGAAGGUGGAAAAAAUUCUCUCCGAGUUUUUAAAGGAGAACAAGAAGAAAUCCUUCGAGCGCUUUUUGAAG